AUGGCAACCACGAACCCCCAGCAGCGUCGGACCCACGCAGCGAAGGUUGUUCUCUCGCAGUUGUAUGCUACAUGGGUAACGAGCGAAAGUGGUAUGACAGAAAUAGAGAAAGCCAUUGAGGAAAUAAUGAGCCUGCAGCAAAAGGGUAGGAAAACUAACGGUAGCCCACCAAAUGAAAGUAGUAAUGCAACUAACCGGCAUUCAGCGGAGCCCCAGCAACAGCGCAACCCCGCUGACGCUCAAAAUAAUUACCACUCGGAUCCCAACACAACUCCCGUCCAAGCCACACCACGCCGUAGUUCUUCUCCGCAACCAACAUCGCCGGGGAACGCGCGUCGUCGGCAAGGAGAUGAUGCACCGCGUUCGCCGAGUCCCGUACACAAAACACGUUUAUAUGGCGUGGAUGAACUCGACUUCUCCCAUCGUGUGGGUUCCCCCGGUGGGACGACUACCGCUUCACCGGGCGGAAUUCAUCACGUGAAACCUGUCGUCGACCCGAUGGCACCAGUGCCGCACUUGAGUAGUAGCACUGGUGUCACUAAUAACAACAUUAGUGGCGUCAGCAACAACAGUAACGUCAACGUAGCGUCGAUUCAACCAACUACGCACUUCCUUAGCCCCGGUUCGCUGGAUGUUUCUGUCACCUCUGUAGUUGUGCCAAAUGAAUCAUUCGCUUCUAUAGAAACGAGCGUUGCGGGGAGCUCGAUGCCAUCACAGCGUGUAGUGCAUCUCUCAGGAAACUUCGCUUCCCUCCCUCCCGAGAAUGUAGAGCGUGCUACACUUAACGAUAUCCCGGUGUUUUAUAGUGGUAAGGAUCGAAAAGGUGGAAGAAAGUCGCUUGUAGAAGCGGAAGAGCAUGCAUUACGAAAUUUCUUUGCUCUUAAGGGCUCGGCGGUGAACCGAAAGGUAGCGAAGGGCGCGGUGGCACCGAUUGAUGCAAGCAAAACCGUGAGAAAGGGCCAGUUUGGUAAACUUUGCCAGGAUGUUUUUGGUGUGCCGACGUGGUUGAAGGAUGCAUUAUUUCGCCGCAUUGCGGUGACGUCUGGUGUCUCUGAAUCGACCGCUCUCACAUAUGAACAGAUAUCGACCUUCUACUACAAUGUAUUUGGGCCUCUUUCCAUUAACAGACGCCUAUUCGAGCUGCUGCGUAACGACUCGCGAUCUGAGCACUUGACGCUGCAGAAUCUCAAGGAUGCCACACGUUACUUAGUCGACUCCCAUCCAGGUCUUGAAUUUCUUAAGCAACCGGAGUUUCAGGAGUAUUACUGCCGAACAGUUGCGAUUCGCAUAGUGUACUCUUUAGAGCGGCAGCAAUGUGGUUUUAUUAGUUGGUAUGACUUCGAUCGCAGUGAUCUCCCCGAGGUUAUGCAGGAGGUAGACGAAAAGGACGUGAACGUAGUCCUUCAAUACUUUUCUUAUGAACACUUCUAUGUACUGUACUGCAAGUUCUGGGAGCUGGAUACUGAUCGGGAUCAACUGGUUGGUUUUGACGACAUGUGUAAAUAUGGCCAGGGGGCUAUUUGCCCAUCUGUAAUAAAGCGGGUUGUAGAGGGAGCUGGUCGUCCCCUCAAAUCAGGAAAACCGGGGAAACUUGAUUUCGAGGACUUUGUGUAUUUUUGCCUCUCCGAGGAGGAUAAGAACAGCCGCUCGGCGGUAUAUUACUGGUUUAAAGUGCUUGACGUUGAUGGUGACGGCAUUUUGAGUGGCUAUGAGCUCUACGAAUUUUUCCAGGAGAAUCAACAGCGAUUUUUAGAGUAUUUUGAGUGCCCCGAGUCGGACCUUUCAUACCCUGAUAUGAUGUGUCAGAUGAUGGACAUGCUGGGCUUUUCGCAUGUGUCGGAGGAGAAGUUUGGACUGAAACUGAGUGACCUGCACUCCUGUGCAACGCCAGCCAAUUUCUUCAACAUGGUGUUUAACGCGCACAAAUUUAUGCUCUUCGAACACCGCGAUCCGUUCUUAGAGCAUCAGCAAAAAGUGCGUCCCGAGAAAACAGAGUGGGAUCGAUUUGCUCGUGCUGAGUACGAUCGUAUGGCUAGUGAGGCGUAG